CUCUUCUUAGUUUCCCGACUCGCAGCCUUGCGAGUCAGUACAGCGCGAACCGCGGAGGGAUUAAAAACAAGCACGUCGAGUGGAGAGCAGCGGAGCAGCGAGCCCCAUCAACCACCACCACCAUGUUCCCCGGGAGGCUGCGGGUAUGCGCGGCCCUGUGCGUGUGGAUUACGGCGCUGGCGAGCACGCGGAGCGGCGGCGUGGGCGCGAGGAGGCAGGACGACUCGUUCACGGCGGCGGCGGCGGCAUCCAGCGUGUACCGGGCUCGGUGCGCGUCUCGAUGCCUCAGCCUGCACAUCACGCGCAUCUCCGCCUUCUUCAAGCACUCGCAGAACAACGGAUCCUUGGUGUGGUGCCAGAAUCAUAAGCAGUGCUCCAAGUGCCUGGAGCCCUGCAAGGAAUCCUGGGACCUGAAGGAAAACCAAUGCCAGGAUCUAUGCGAGCCACUCUUUCCCAAGAAGCACUACGAGUGCCUCACCAGUUGCGAGUUCCUGAAGUCCAUCGAGGGCGUGAAGCAGGGCGACUGUCCUGCCCCAGAGAAGGCCAGCGGCUUUGCAGCGGCCUGCGUGGAAAGCUGCGAGGAGGACGGAGAGUGCUCGACCGUUAAGAAAUGCUGCUCCAAUGGCUGUGGCCAUACCUGUCAGCUCCCCAAGAACCUGUACAAAGGAGUCCCCCUGAAGCCGAGGAAGGAGCUGGUGUUUGUCGAGCUGCCCUUGGGCCAGCUGGAGAUCCGCUGGUCAUCCAAGUUCAACAUUUCGGUGGAACCCGUUCUUUACGUGGUGCAGCGGCGCUGGAACUUUGGCAUUCACCCCAGCGAGGACGAUGCCACCGAGUGGGAGACGGUCGUGCAGACUGCCGAGGAGCGGGUCCAACUGGCCGACAUCAGAGCCAGCAGAUGGUACCAGUUCAGAGUGGCCGCGGUCAACGUGCACGGGACCCGCGGGUUCACUGCGCCAAGCAAACACUUCCGCUCCACUAGAGACCCGUCCGCCCCGCCACGCCCGAGCAGCCUCUGUGUCACCAACGUGACGCAGGGAGAUGAAGGUCUGGUGACAGUUCGUCUCAACUGGAGCUUGCCAGAGGAGCCCGACAUUCCCAUACAUCACUACAAAGUGUUCUGGAGCUGGACUGUGCCCACCAAGUCGACGGUUCCGUCCAAGAAGAGGAGGAGAAAGACCACCAACGGGGCCCAGAACUGGGUGGACCUGGAGGCCCUGCAAGUCAACAGCAGCUACACUGUGGAGCUGCAGGCCGUGACGUAUUGGGGACAGGUGCGGCUGAAGAGUUCCAAAGCUUUGCUGCAAUUCAGCACCACCCAGAAUUCCGAAUCAGUAAAAUCAGUGCACAAGUCAAAGAAAGAAGAGAUACCCCCCGCUGGACCAACAUUGGCAAAGGCAAAGCGACCUUCUGGCCCGCUGGAGGUGGGCACACCCUUCUACCAAGAUGGCCAGCUGCAAGUUCGUGUCUACUGGAAGAACCGCGGCGAGCCUGGAAUGAACCGCUACCACAUCCAGUGGAUGCCUGAGUACUGCCACCACAACGAGACGCGGGGACCAGAAAAAUCCUCCACGCAGGAGAACUACAUCAACCUCCCAGGCCUGUUGUUCUCCUGCAAGUACAAGGUCACGGUUCACAUGCUCAAGUCCAAGAGACGCUCCAAGGAGGAGAGCAUCACCUUCCUCACGCCGUCCUGCGCUACCAUCCGGAGCAAGACUCACAAACACAUCCCCUGCCCGGGAGAGGGAGCUGCAGUACUUCCUAAAGUUUUGGCCAAGCCCGAAAACCUGACGGCAACGUUUUCCAUCAACGGAGGAAAUAUCACCGGCAGCUUCCUGUGGCGUGUGUCUCGGGUGGCGGCGCACCAACGCAUUACGGGUUUUCAAGUCACCUGGGCUGAAAUCACCACCGAGAGUCGACAGAAUAGCCUGCCCAACAGCAUUAUUUCCCAGUCUCAAAUCCUGCCUCCGGAUCACAAUCUGCUGGUCGUGUCCAACCUGCGGCCGUCCACCUACUACAGACUGGAGGUGCAAGUAAUAACGAGUGGAGGGGAAGGCCCCGCCACGGUCAAGACCUUCCAGACUCCCAACAUAUUACCGGUCAAUCAACAUCGGCCCAGACUCCGGCAAUACCAUUCGCAUCACCAGAAACCAUCAGUCGAAAGACACUGAGUCGCAAAGUGAGGCAAAUCCAGUCGCUUUUUCCCUCCCAUCCGUCAGAGACUAUCCGGAAAGAAAGCGUGGAAUGGUGAACUCUCCCGAAAACCAACGCCCCCACCAUCCUCCCUUUCCAUUUAUGAAAUAACAAGUCCUCGCCCUUCAAGGCACCACAAGACAUCCCCUUCCGAACCCUUCAGACUCCCUACGUCAGACCGGUGUGUACAGUUUUCAUUUGGCGAAUUUGACUACAAAAUCGACUGUUGUGCAUUUGCUAGUACGCAGCUCUUAAUGGGAAUCCGACACGUCGACAACAGCAGCAGCGAUCGUAGUUUCAAGGCGGUCCGAGAGAACGCGCAACACAGAGAAACGAUAUGUUCUGUCGCAGAUUUGUGAAGAAAAGGACGAGAUCUAUUUAUUUUGUCACGGUUGUCUAACCCAGAAUCUGAGUUCCGUUGCAUGUAGUCCAUUCAACUUAAAAAAAAAAAAAAAAAAAAAAAGUCGGAGCUCCAAUUGGAGAGCUUUUGCAUGACGACUGUUGGCAUGGAAGAAAAAAACAAACAAACUUAAAUGCUCCUUUUUCAGUAUGUUAGAGAUAUUCCAUUAACGGAUUAACAAAGAACUAUACUGGGAAUACCAUGCGAUGUUUAUUAAUGAAAUUAUAACGUGUGGAAAUGAUGCAUUGUACAUCUUGGCUGUAGAAAUGUUUGUCGUGGAACAGUCAGUGAAUGUCGAUAUUUAUUUAUGUGUGUAUUCUAGUUUGAUUUGGAUGUGUGUGGAUGUGGAUGUUCCCGUGUGUUUUAGUCUCUACUUUUGUUUUACGUUUUUGUUUUUGGAAGCAACACAAACCUUGUAAAGACACUUUGUAAAAAUGGAAUUGUAAAUACGGUCUUAUGUUACAUGUUAUUUUUCCAUGGUAGAAACUGUACAAACUGCGAAGUAAUAAAAUAAUCCUUAACCAGA